CUACUUGCCUUUGGAACGCUUUGUCUUGGAGACCGUUCUGUAUCCAGAUCGUUGGACUUUGUCUUCGGAGUCGCUGGAGUUUCAUGACUUGUUGCAAUCGGUCGGCAUAGAAGGAAGGAGUUUCUGCAGUUCUCCCUUCAGGCCAUCAUUGGAUAGAAUCAGUUCCCACGCACGUGCAAGGUGCGUAAGAAUAAAAAGAAGAUCAGCAGCAUGCAGACCUAGGUCUGGCGGCAGCUGAAGCGGUACGUGCCAUGCAGUGCAAGCCGAGACCGACAAGUCUCUUCGGUCACGUGGAGCCGCUGAAGACUCUGGUGUGGAUGUCUAAGUAUUAGACCUUUCUUUUUUCUUUGUUUCUAAGAGCGAUGGCCUCCAACCUACUACUUCUGGUGCGGAAGAAUGCCUUGCUCCUUUCAAAAAAAAAAUAUCCUAGCCCGGAUGGUAUGUGUGCGUUUGUUUUGGAGUUCCUUUGAAAAACAUGCGAGUCGCGCUUGUCGUAAUUUCACAGGGACAAAAUUGAGCGCUCAAUGCCUCGUAAAAAAUGCUCUCAAGGUAGUAUUGAAACGUGUACGCCACUGACAUUUUUGGGUCCUGACCAUGUGAGAUGAAAUUGCAAUUGCACAGGACGUUUAACAGGGUCGCUACCUAGUUUCAGAACCCUGUAGUGGCUGUGUCCUGGAAUCGUGCGCUGCAUAUAUGUAAUGUGGACCUAGAUCAUGUUUGCCAUCAAUGUGGACCAACCAAACUGGGAAUCCUAAAUCGAAACUGGAGGAUGACAUUGAAACAUUUGGUUUUCCCAGCGGCAUUUAUGUAUGUGUCUCUAACAUAUACAUCCAUACAUGCAUGCAUGCAUACAUACAUCCAUCCAUACAUACAUAUAUAUAUAUAUAUAUAUACCCAUGGAUUGGUUCUGGCUACCCUGCAACUCCAAGGUCUUUGUUGGCCUCCUCCUCCUCCUUCUCCUCCCAGGUCCCCACCCAGCAGCUUGAGCCUGCCACGAAGGCCAACUGCUGAUCCGAAGCCGGAGGCCUGGGCCCAGUGCCCAGUGGAGCCCAUGUCCAAGGGCUUGGACAAGUACGUCCAGACGAUGUCUGACUUCUGCUCGAUCUCCAGUUGCUCCAGUGCAGUGAGGCGGCCAUCAUUGCUAACGCCUGCAAGCUGCGCCAACAGCACCAGUGACAGGCCCAAUUCCACGCGGAUCGCCUUCAGGGUCUUACCACCGGAGGAAGCCGUUGAGCUUGUCGAGUCGGAGCAGCUUCGAGCAGAUUCGCACUUCAGUCCCCUACUGCCGCCGCAGUCCUGGACUUUGCCGCAGCUCCCAGAUCUGCAGACCUCAGGUUUGCCGGCGUGGGACCCCUUCGACAUCCAGGUGGUUGAAACCACGCAGCUAAUCCCUGCACAGGCUAAUGAACCGACAGCCAUUGGCAAAAUCAACUUCAUCAAAGCACUCCUUUAUAUAUUUAAAUAUCCUUUCCACGUUGUGGUGACUGCACUCCGUUUGCAUAGGGUUGGUUGCGUUUGCACAGCGUGGCAACUGCACGAAACUUGUUGUGAUAUGCAAGCUUGGCAACGCCACGCACAAGCUUCUCGAAUGGCAAUCGCCUUUUGAAGGUAGAGGCUGUUUUCCUGAGGCCAAUUAAGUGGGCCCCCAUUGGGGAGAGUCGCUUUAGAACGAGCCCCGGCAUGGGCCUUACAGCCACGAAGUUCCGUUGAACAGAUGUAAUUUGAUUUCCCAUUCAAAUUCCAGGCCUGCAAGCUUAAGGUGUGACUUUUUCGGGUGCGAC